CUCUUUUCUAUUCAAGUGUUCGUUCGGUUCAGACGCCAUUACACAGAAUGGGUAAACCACGUGGAAUCCGUACCGCUCGGAAGCACAUCCGUCACCGCCGGGACCAGCGAUGGGCCGACAAGGACUACAAGAAGGCUCAUUUGGGCACCCGCUGGAAGUCCAACCCGUUCGCCGGAGCCUCCCACGCCAAGGGAAUCGUGCUCGAAAAGGUCGGCGUCGAAGCCAAGCAGCCGAACUCCGCCAUCCGUAAGUGCGUCCGAGUGCAGCUCAUCAAGAACGGCAAGAAAAUCACCGCCUUCGUACCGCGGGAUGGUUGCCUGAACUACAUUGAGGAAAACGACGAGGUCCUGGUUGCCGGUUUCGGUCGUAAGGGUCACGCCGUCGGUGACAUUCCCGGAGUUCGCUUCAAGGUGGUGAAGGUGGCCAACGUUUCGCUGCUGGCCCUGUACAAGGAGAAGAAGGAACGUCCACGAUCGUAAAAGAGGAAAAAACAAAUCCGCUGGAGGAACUCUCGGAUUCGCUGUGGAUUAUAUUACUUUAAAAUAUAAUGUUUUAAGUUUGCUUGGAAGUAAUGUGUCUGUAAACAAGUGAAGGAAAAUCCAAAUACAGGCUUAUGCGAUGGUUGGAACUACCGGAA